AUGUCAUCAAAUAUUGUUGUUCCAACUCAAUUGGAAUUAUUUAAUAAUAAUUUUGAUCAUAAUUCAUCAUCGUCUUCAUCACCACCACCUCCAAGAGGAAAUCCAUCAACUUCAACAUCUCAUAAUAAUCAACAGUCAUUUGUACCACGUACAACAGUAGAUAUACCCACAUUGCCACAAUUACAACCACAGGCACAACCACAGGCACAACCUUCUUAUUCUUCAAUUGCAAAAAAAGUACAUCGCGAGGUGAGAUUUGGAAACUACAUUUUAGGCUCAACAUUAGGUGAAGGAGAAUUUGGUAAAGUUAAAUUAGGUUGGAGAAAAGAUGGGAAACAUCCAAGUCAAGUUGCAAUAAAAUUAAUUAAAAGAUCAACAUUAUUAAAAGAUUCAGAUUCAGAAAUUAAAAUUCAUCGUGAAAUUAAUUCAUUAAAAUUAUUAAAUCAUCCAAAUAUUGUUAAUUUAGUUGAAGUUAUGAAAAGUGGUAAAUAUAUUGGUAUUGUAUUAGAAUAUUGUUCAGGUGGUGAAUUAUUUGAUUAUAUUUUACAACAUAAAUUUUUAAAAGAACAAAUUGCCAAAAAAUUAUUUGCACAAUUAGUUAGUGGAGUUGAUUAUAUGCAUAAAAAAGGUUUAAUUCAUCGAGAUUUAAAAUUGGAGAAUUUAUUAUUAGAUAAACAUAAAAAUGUAAUAAUUAGUGAUUUUGGAUUUGUUAAUUCUUUUUCAAAAGAUAAAGCAGAUCUAAUGAAAACAAGUUGUGGAUCACCAUGUUAUGCAGCACCUGAAUUAGUAUUAACUCAAAGUCCGUAUGAAGGUAAAAAAGUUGAUAUUUGGUCAUUAGGUAUUAUAUUAUAUGCAAUGUUAUCUGGUUAUUUACCAUUUGAUGAUGAUCCAGAAAAUGAAGAUGGUUCAGAUAUAAUUAAAUUAUAUCAUUAUAUUGUUAAAACUCCACUAACUUUUCCUGAAUAUGUUAGUCCAUUAGCAAGAGAUUUAUUAAGAAAAAUUAUUGUUUCAGAUCCAAGGAAAAGAAUAGAUAUGAAAGAAAUUAAACAACAUCCAUGGUUAUCUCAAUAUCAAAAUUUGUUACAAAUAAAUCAACCACAAUGGGAUAAAUUGAGUAAUAAUAAAGAAAAUAAACCAAUAAUUCAUGAACCACAACCAAAUAAACGUUUCUCAAUGAUUAAUGAAAGUACAAAUUCAGCAUCACUAAUUAUACAACAACCACAACCAAUUUCAUUACAUAAUAGAUCAUAUUCUUCAACUUCAAUUAGUUUAUUAUAUUCAUCUCCAUCUUCAACUGUUGCAAUACCAAAAUUAAAUGAAUCAAAUGAUACUAUAAAUAAUUUAUCAACAACACCAUCUCCAAAGAAAAAUUCACCAAUUUCUCCACAAAAGGGUCAUCAAAAAUCAUCAUCAAUAUCAAAUUCAUAUUCUUCAGCUAGUAUUGCAUUAAAAGCAUUAGAUUAUAAAAUUCCGACAAUUGUUGAAAGUCCUACUAAACAACAACAACAACAUCAAGUACCUUUGAUUAUAUCAUCAACUACAACUCCAAGAUUACCACCAACCAAAAAACCAAGACCAACUUCGUAUCAUCCAUCAUCUAUAACAUCAAGUUUAACUAAUGAAUUUAACAAAUCUUAUCCUAAUCCAAUUGGUCAAUAUAUUUCUACAUCAACAUCAAAUCAACAUAGUGAUAUAAUGGAAUCAUCAAUAGAUUUACCUUCUUCUCCACAACAACAAAUUUCUAGAAGAAAUUCUGAAGUUACUCAUAUUCACGUUAAUGGCGUGUUAAGUAAUGAAGAAAAUAAAAGAAAUUCAGUGUUGAGUUAUUUAGAAGAUAAAAUAGAUACAUUAGAAUUAGUAGAAUCACCAAAAAAGGAACAAAAAGUUAAAGAAGAAAAAGAAGAAAAAGAAAAACAUGAUUCAUCCGAUGUUAAGAUUGAAGUGGAAGAUUCAUCACCAAUUAUACCAGUUGAAGAAUAUAUUAAAAAAUCAGAAGAAUUCAAGAAACCAGCACCAACUAAUAAAAGACAUUCGAUAGCAGUUACAAAUAAAGAAAAUAAAGAAAAUAAAGAAAAUAAAGAAAAUCAUAUUAAGGAAAAUAAAAAGAAGAAUAGAUUUAGCUUGUUAGCAUUUUAUAGUACUUCAAAUUCAUCAAAUUAUUCACUUAAAGAUUCUACAAAUAUAAUUCAAAAUAAAAAACCAUUAGAACCAUCAAAUGAAUCAAAUAAGAAUAAAACACUACAAUCACAGUCACAAUCACAAUCACAAUCACAAUCACAAUCACAAUCACAUGGAGCACCUCAAAAAAGAGUUCAUUCUGGCUCUUCAACAAAUUCAAAAAAGACAAUUGAAAAAGAAACUAGUGCAGCUAGAAAAGUAAUGGAUUUUUUUAAAAGAAGAAGUAUUAGAGUUAAUUAA